CAGCAACCUCCUAAAGGACAUGCUGCAACUGUGAAGUAAGAAAGUGAAGCAGAAGGUUAGCCGAGAGGAAGUAGAGCAGCGAAGAAGCUUGGACGAGCUGAGAACUGGACUCGCUCUGAAGAGAUCCUGACACUCGCUCUGAAGAGAUCCUCAUACUCGCACUGAAGACAUCCUCAUACUCGCACUGAAGACAUCCUCAUACUCGCACUGAAGAGAUCCUGAGCGAGACGCAGCCUAUCUCUAUAUAUAUUUGCUUGCCUCCUCAGCAUGUUCCCAAGCCGACUCGCGACCCAGCUAGCACGCCUGUGCGUGACGGGCUUGAUCAUGUCAAAUGUCGCCUCUGCAUUCUUGGCUUCCAACUUUGUGACGAGACCUUCAAGUCAUCCAAACGACUUGAAGUUGCGUAGAACAUGUGGCUUGAGAACAAUGGCCAUGGGUAACCCUGAACCUGAUACAGACAAGGGCCCCAAAGACGGCUCGGUUGAGAAAAUGCUUGGAUUUCUUGGUCCUGUAGGUUCAAAGUUCGGGCAGUCAAUUGACUGGUUCUUCGAUACUUCAUCAGUGUCUGG